AUGUCAUCGAGCGUUCAAGAAGUGUACCACGUCGUUUCGCACCGCCCGAUAUAUUUCUGGUCGGCGAACGACGUGGAUCAGUGGUUGAGGCGGAAACGGCCUCUGCUGGCGCUGAAAUACGCGCUCUCCUUCCUCCGCCACAAUAUAACAGGAAGAGUGCUCGUGGAGCUGACGGACGACGAUUUACGAGAAAUCGGGAUAGAAUUGAGCGACGAUCGACAAGGAUUACUGUUGGAGAUCAAAAAAGAAAAAUUGUAUAGUGAUCUGGACGAAUUUUCAAAGUUACGGACCCAAGCGGCGCUAAAUUAA